AUGAAGGUAGAAAUCCUAUCAAGGAAGUUGAUCAAGCCAUCCGUUCCAAGUCCACAUCACCUUCGCCAAAAGAAGAUAUCCGUGUUUGAUCAGUUGGCUCCUCCAUUAUACAACCCCCUAGUUCUCCACUACUCCGCCAAUGGCGACAUAGGGGUGGAAUAUUUGGAAGCCCAAGUGGACUGUAAGCUUGAUGAAUUCCUCAUAGAACCCAAAAUUGAGCUGCUAAAUCAUCUCCUUCCAUCUGAUAUACAGAUAGUUAUACUUGAUCUUGUCACUAGUCCUUUACUAGCAAUCCAGAUCAACAGCUUCAAUUGCGACGGAUUGGCCAUUGGCAUCUACUUGUCACACAAGAUUACUGAUGCAUCUACAGUUGCAUCUUUUAUUACUGCAUGGGAAAGUUCAAGUCAAGCAGAGGUGGUGGCCACUCAUCAACCAUAUUUCGAUUUGGGUUCUCUCUUUCCACCAAGUACAGGUCAAGAGAUUUCUCUAGCCCUCCUCAACCCAGAAAUCAAUGUUGUCACGAGGAGGUUUGUGUUUAACGGUGAAGCAAUAACAAAGCUGAAAGCUAAUGCUCAAACAAUAGCUCAGAUCCAAACUAAUGGUAUGGAAUGCCAACCAACACGUGUGGAGGUGAUGACAGGAGUGAGAUGGAAGGCCCUUAUAAGUGCAGCACGAGCAAAACAUGGGCGCCUAAGGGAUUCAUUGCUAAUCCAAACUGUGAACAUGAGGGGGAGAACAGUCCCACCAUUGCCAGAGAUUACAUUGGGAAACUUUUUGUUGGCUGCCAUUGCUCGAUCCUCAGCAGACAAUAACAAGAUGGAGCUUCAUGACUUGGUCGGUUUGGUACGAGAUGAAACAAGAGAUGCCAUUGCUAAGUUAGUGAAACUAUUUGUCCUGAAUGGUAAUGAGAUUAUGUUGAUGUUGCAAAACAUCCACACCGAAUACCUGGGAGGAUUAUGCAACAGCGAGGUUGAUGUGAGAUGUUUUAGCAACUUGUGCAGGUUUCCACUUUAUGAAGCUGAUUUCGGAUGGGGGAAGCCAGAUUGGGUAAGUCUAGCAAGCUUUCCUGCAGAAAUAGUAUUCCUGAUGGACACCAAAUGUGGGGAAGGCAUUGAAGCAUGGGUGAAUUUGAAUGAACAAGACAUACUCCACUUUCAACAAGACCCAGACAUUGCAGCCUUCUCUUCUUAG